AUGCAGAUGCAAACUGCUCUCGUGGCCCUGGCCGCCACCGCCGUGGGUGCCGUCAAGCCCCUCUCCAUCAAGGGAACCGACUUUGUCGACGCCAACGGCAACAAGUUCCAGCUCGUCGGCGUUGCCUACCAGCCCGGCGGCAGUGCAGGAUACAACCCUAAGAAGGGCAAGGAUCCUCUCAGCGACCCCGACACCUGCAUGCGUGACGCUGCCCUCCUGCAGGUCAUGGGCGUCAACGCUAUCCGCGUGUACAACCUGGACCCUAACCUGAACCACGACCAAUGCGCCAGUAUCUUCAACGCCGCUGGCAUGUACAUGAUCCUGGAUGUCAACUCUCCCCUGGUCGGCGAAGCUAUCACCUCGUUCGAGCCCUGGACGAGCUACUACGAGGCCUACUCCAACCGCACCUUUGCCAUUGCCGAGGCCUUCAGCAACUACCCCAACACCCUCAUGUACUUCUCCGGCAACGAGGUCAUCAACGAUGUGCCCACGGCCCAGUUCGUGCCUCCCUAUCUGCGCGCCGUCACGCGCGACCUGAAGAACUACAUCAAGAAGAACAUCAAGCGCCAGAUCCCCGUCGGCUACUCGGCCGCCGAUGUCCGCGAGGUCCUCUGGGACACCUGGAACUACAUGCAGUGCUCCGAGUCCGGCGACGACGGCGACAUGAGCCGCGCCGACGUCUUCGCCAUCAACUCGUACAGCUGGUGCGGCCCCGACGCCACGUACGAGAGCUCCUCCUAUGACGUCCUGACGGACAACUUCAAGAACACGUCCAUCCCCGUCUUCUUCAGCGAGUACGGCUGCAACACGCCCAUGCCGCGCUACUGGAACGAGACCCAGGCCAUCUACGGCUCCGACAUGACCCCCGUCUUCUCCGGCGGCGUCGUGUACGAGUACACCGAGGAGGAGAACCACUACGGCCUGGUCAACAUCACCGGCGACACGCUGCAGAUCACCGGCGACUACAACCGCCUCAAGGCCCAGCUGGCCAAGAUUGACUGGGAGAAGGUCCAGUCGCAAAAGGCCAGCGGCAAGGCCCCCGCCGCGCCCAAGUGCUCCUCCAAGCUGAUCCAGGUCAAGGGCUUUGACAGCAACUUUACCCUUCCCGUGCCUCCCCCUGGCGUCCAGGGCCUCAUCGACAACGGCAUCAAGAACAAGCCCAGCGGCUCGCUCGUCAAGAUCUCUGACUGGAGCGUCAAGCUCAACGUCAACGACGCCGACGGCAACAAGAUUACGAACCUCAAGGUCGUCCCCCUGAGCGAUGACGAGACCAACUGGAGCGGCAAGAACUCGGCCGAGACGGGCUCCGGCGACAAGGACUCCUCCACUAGCAGUGCGUCUAAGAGCGACAGCAAGGAUAAGGACAGCGCCGCUGCCUGGAUGCGCCCUGCUUCGAUUGUGCUGGCCCUGCCUCUGGUGGCCAUGCUCUUCAUUUAA